CUUGCUUGAUGUGCCUAGAAACAUACACACAGGCAUGUAUGCGGCAAAUCUUCGGAAUAUCAGGGUAGGCUAGUCUGAGCGAACUGCUUACAUCGAUGGUAUGGCGAGCCUGUGUACAGAUUCCACAGCAGACAUGGACGAACCUGACUACAAAGAGCUCUACUUUCAGGAAGCAACGGCGACGUAAGGAGGCAGAACGCGCCCAAGAGGAAGCAGAACGCGCCCAAGAGGAGGCAGAACGCGCCCAAGAGGAGGCAGAACGUGCGCGCAACAAUAUAGAAGAACGAACACGAAAAACUACACUCUCCGAAUAUCUCCAUACUUGUCACACCCAUCUCUCCCUGGGGUUCACUGUCCAAACCGAUGCCUCACGUUCCACUCAAGGCAAUCCUGACAAUGCCCAGCGCAAAUUACGUCCACGCUAUAUACGUCACUGGCUGGACUUCGAGGAGCAGCAGGAAUUCAUCUGGGCCAAGCUACAAGACUCGAACUUCUUUCAGACGCGUCAGUUCACCUCCAUAAACACACUAGAAGAGCUGGGUCAAUCCGUGGGCCCGAGACUCUGCAGCUCGGAGCCAGACCUCACUUUCUUCCAGCGUUUGACAGUGGAGAAUCCUAUCUCUGAGGUCGUCACUGCUAUCACGGAUGAGAACGAGCUUCGAAAGUCCUUCGGCCUCAGAGGCUCGGUGACUUUUGAAAAUCAUGGAAACACUCUAAGCUCGGACAGUCAGAUUGAAGAGGCUGUUCAGGCUAUGGAUAUCUCUGGCGCACCACGUCGUUCGGCCAGGCUCCAAUCCCUGCAGCAUCCCACCCCUCCAGCACAGAGCGCCGCAGUAGGACCAAAAUCUUCCCGGCCCCGUGCCGAUCAAUUCUGCGUCUACCACGUCGAUUCGGGUGAUCAAUCAUACCGUCAACCGGCGUACAUCAUUGAGUACAAAGCGCCGCAUAAGGUUUCACUGGCAUGCAUCUGCGCAGGUUUGCAAGAGAUGGACCUAGAUGAGGUAGUGCAGGUGAAGGAUAACGAAGGCGUGGAGGCGAAGUUGCAACGAUUGGUCGCCGCAAUCAUCGUCCAGGCAUUUUCCUACAUGAUCAAGAUUGGAGUGGAGUACGGUUGCGUCUGCACAGGCGAAGCCUACAUCUUUCUUCGGGUCCUUGACGAUCCCAGGACUGUAUACUAUCACCUCUCGGUGCCCAAACACGAUGUUGGUCUGGAAACUGGCUGGACGCCAGCACUGGACCAGCCCAACUGCCUGCACAUGACUGCUGUUGGACGUAUGUUAGCGUUGACGUUGAUGGCGAUUCAAAGUACGCCACGGAGUCAGAAGUGGAAGAGCGAUGCGCGUAGCUUGCUUGUGCCCUGGGAGAUCACGUAUGAGGAGCUGCUCGACCAAGUGCCCACCCCAGAACGCCUCACGUCAGACUACGUACCCCCCUCACGCACGACCCAGCUCAGAGACUGCCCGAUCCAGCUUCGACCACGACCAUCACGUCCCUCGACGUCUUGUAGUUCUCCACAGCCACAUGAUCGGAGCAGUAGCGACACCGAACCGGACCCAGACACGCCUGCGCCUGCUACGAGGCGACAUGCAUCGCGACGAGCGAAUCAAGAGAGAUCGUCCAGGACCAAAACGACAGCGGGACGGACUGGUGCCUCAAACCAAGGCAAGGAGAGGCAGUACUGCACCUCGGAGUGUCUGCGAGGCCUCCUCGUGCGUGGGCCCCUGGACCACAAAUGUCCCAAUGUCAAGGCACAUGGAAGGCACACUCACCAGAUCGACCGAUCAGCCUUUCUCCGUCUCAUGCACGAGCAGCUUUCCAGGGAUCUGGACCAUGACGUUGAUUGCCUGCGUAUCCAUGGCUCCCGCGGUGUCCUGUUCCGUAUCUGCCUCACCUCGCAUGGAUAUACUGUUGCGGCCAAGGGUACGCCGGCUGAAUUUAUCUGCCAUCUCAAACAUGAGGCUGCCGUCUACGACUGCUUGCGCUCGAUCCAAGGAAAACAUGUGCCGGUACACCUGGGGAACAUCGAUCUCACGCAGCCUUAUGAAUAUGACGGCAUCGCGGAGCUGACACAUAUGAUGUUCAUGAGCUUUGGUGGCGUGAAGGUCUCGAGAGGGAUCCUAUCGAAUCACUUGGCCGAAAUCCACAAACAAGUCGAACGUGCAAUCGGCUCUAUCCAUGAACAUUGGGUGCUACAUCGCGAUCUCACGCUGCGAAACCUCCUGUGGAAAUCAGCUGAGCGAAAAGUGGUUGUCAUUGACUUUGAGCGGGCGCUCGUCCUCGAGGCGAGGUCUCCCCUUGAAGAACUGUCUCCAAAUCGUAAGCGGAAGAGACAGACAGACAAGAGAUCCACGAGAGGUGCUCCUGGGCCCGCAGCAUUCAUGCAAGAGAGACUACAUGCGUUGAGGGCUUUGAGCGCAGCAUGAGAGCUCCACACUUUCCACUAGUCAGAUCGUCCUUAUGUCACGACGGUAAUGCCCAAGGACUACUCUGCUGUUGCUGUUGAAGCGACAUUUAUGCCGGGCUAUCCGACGUUCGGCACAACGUCCAAUCUGAAGCGAGUCCACAAGGAUUGUCUGAUCUUCGUCAUCUACAAACUCUACACACAUCAAACAUUUAACAUAGGGUACGUCUUUGCCUUUUGCAAGUAUCAGACGUAUCUCUUAGGACAUCGGCCUUGCGUUUACUCUUCGCACUUGUCUCGUGA